AUGGGGCUACCUGAUUUAUUCAUUCACUGGAUUAGAAUCUGCAUAUCCAUAGCUUCCUUCUCUGUCUCAGUUAAUGGUAGCUUGGAGGGUUUCUUCUCAAGUGCGAGAGGCUCCUUAUGGGUAUCUUCGGUUCACCAUUAUCUCCUGCGUCAUAGCUCUUUUUGGGAUGUUCGAGAUGACACUAUGGAAUCAUGGAUAUGGAGAAAACUCUUAAAGAUGAGAACAUUGGCAUAUCAGUUCAUCAAGGUUGAUAUUGGAAAUGGUAAGAAAUCUUUCUUCUGGCAUGAAAACUGGCUGCGCAUUGGUAGACUCAUUGAUCUCACAGGAGCAACUAGUACACGAUAUCUUGGAGUUACUCGAAAUGCUCGGGUUCAUGAUGCAGUGUCUUCAGGCCAAUGGAGUGUAAGGGGGCAAAGAAGCCGGAAUUUUAAAGAGCUACAUCAGAUGAUUCAAGCAGAACCUAUACCUAGUAUUGAGUUGGGCGAAGACACUUAUCUAUGGAAACAUGAGCAUGGUGUUUAUGAGGAGAAGUUCUCAGCGGUCAGGACAUGGGAUCUAAUAAGAUGUAAGAAGAAUGAAGUGGUUUGGAGUCGCAGUGUCUGA